AUGAGUUUCAUCCGUCAAUCUUUCGCACACCCAGCAGUGAGACGCCAACUUCGCCCAGGCGCCGUCGGCCUUCGUUCAUCCCGGCCAAAUACCAUUCAGAGAUCCUAUGCCACUGAUGCGCCAGGUGGGGGUGGCCCGGCAAAGAACCAGCGAUUGGCACUAGUGGCAGUCGGUCUCGGCGUGCCGAUAGCUUUCUACCUAUUCAAUCGCAGCCCUGCGAAUCAGGCCGGUGUCCCCACUGGCGGGGGGCGCGGUGCCAAUCAAGAAUACACUAAGCACGCAGAGGGUAACAAGGGGUCUAGCACCUCGAGGCAUGGGCCCCCCGGUGGAACUGGAAGCAUCUCGUCCAAGCAGCAGGGUCUCUCGAAUACGGAUACUAUGAACCCAUAUGUGAAUGAACCCGGCAAGAGCCAGAAGGGCGAGGGCGAGACAGAAUCUGUAAAGGUCAAGGGGACUGUUACGCCUGAUCGGCCGCAGAAAUGA